AUGCCCAAGGUCACAUCGCUCAUGGGCGCACACCGGCAGUUCCAAAGCCUCCCACCGCCAACACACGACCUCUCGGGCAGCAUUUCUGCGCUGCUGGGGACUCAGCCUGUCAUUACAACCCCCCCUCGGCCUGCGCAGCCGGAGCGCUUCGGGCAGCCGGGGUUGGGCGGACCCGGGAAGGAGGAAGAGACUUGGGGCACCGAGAGACGCGGCCAGGGCACCGGAGGCGCGGGGGAUCCGAGGUGCGGGGCCCUGGUUCCGGGCGUUCUGAGUACUCCCCGGCCGCUGGCGGGGAACCGUCCUGGCGCUGAGGGCCCAGACACUCCAGGAACUGAGAUGACAAAGCCUCUGGAGGCUGGGAGUACAGAUGCCUGCUCUGUGCCAGUUUCCGAGAUCAUCGCUGUUGAGGAAAGAGAUGUUCAUGAGAAACAGUCCUCUAGUGGCCGGUGGCAGAAAAUGGAAAAUCCGUUCGCAUUCACAGUUCACUGUGUGAAGCGAGCAAGCCAUCACCGCUGGAAGUGGGCACAGGUGACCUUCUGGAGUUCUGACGAGCAGCUGUGUCACCUGUGGCUGCAAACCCUUCGUGAGCUGCUGGAGAGCCUGACUUCAAGACCAAAGCACUUGCUGGUAUUUAUCAACCCUUUUGGAGGAAAAGGUCAGGGCAAGCGCAUCUAUGAAAAAAAAGUAGCACCUCUGUUCUCCUUGGCUUCCAUCACCACCGAAAUCAUCAUUACUGAGCAUGCCAAUCAAGCCAAGGAGACCUUAUACGAGAUCAACACAGACAGCUAUGAUGGCAUCGUGUGUGUUGGCGGGGAUGGCAUGUUCAGUGAGGUGCUGCAUGGGGUGAUCGGGAGGACACAGCAAAGCGCUGGCAUCGACCCCAAUCACCCCAGAGCCGUGCUGGUACCCAGUACCCUCAGGAUUGGCAUCAUCCCUGCAGGGUCCACAGAUUGUAUAUGCUACUCAACAGUGGGUACAAAUGAUGCAGAGACAUCGGCUUUGCACAUUAUUGUUGGGGACUCACUGGCCAUAGACGUAUCCUCUGUGCACCACAACAGUACGCUGCUGCGGUACUCAGUGUCUCUGCUGGGCUACGGCUUCUACGGGGACUUAAUCAAGGACAGUGAAAAGAAACGGUGGAUGGGCCUCAUCAGAUACGACUUCUCAGGGCUGAAGACCUUUCUCUCUCAUCAGUACUAUGAAGGGACAGUGUCCUUCCUCCCAGCACAGCACACAGUGGGAUCUCCACGGGACAAGAAACCUUGCCGGGCCGGGUGCUUCGUGUGCAGGCAGAGCAAGCAGCAGCUGGAAGAAGAACAGAAGAAAGCCCUGUAUGGCCUGGAGAAUGCUGAGGACAUGGAAGAGUGGCAAGUGGUAUGUGGGAAGUUCCUGGCUAUCAAUGCCACCAACAUGUCCUGUGCUUGUCCCCGGAGCCCUGGGGGCCUGUCCCCUGCUGCCCAUCUGGGAGAUGGGUCUUCUGACCUCAUCCUCAUCCGGAAGUGCUCCAGGUUCAACUUCCUGAGAUUCCUUGUCCGCCACACCAACCAGGACGAUCAGUUUGACUUCACUUUUGUCGAAGUUUAUCGAGUCAAGAAAUUCCAGUUCAUAUCAAAGCAUGUGGAAGAUGAGGACAGUGAUCUGAAGGAAUGUGGGAAGCAGGGGUUUGGGCAGAUCUGCAGUGAUAGCUCUUCAUGCAACUACUUGGCCUCUAGAAGCUCCUGGAACUGUGAUGGAGAGAUCCUGCACAGCUCUGCCAUCGAGGUCAGGGUCCACUGCCAGCUGGUGCGCCUCUUUGCUCGGGGAAUUGAAGAAGUGUCUUAAGCAAGAGUCCCAAAGCUGAGAAGCCAGCUACCUUGAGCUUGGGAGUGUGAAAGUUACUUAAGAAAAAUUCUACAGACCAAUUAUGUUGACAUAUCCAUUUAGAUUUAGAGAUUUAUUUUUGAUAGGUAAAUCUUGGUUUUAGAAAAGACAGCUUUGUCAAUAAUUCCAUAUACAUACCUGGCACCCUCGCCUUGGUUCUAUGUACAUCUGAGUCGCUUUUCACAUAACUUGUUCUCAGCAAAUGGCACUUGCUGAUUUGGGGGCAUUGGCUUGCUAGAUUUUAGCCAUGCCGACCAUGCAAAUUUCAAAAAGGCCUUAAGUGGCUAUUCUGCAAUAAUUUUAGGGAUACUCCCCAGGAAUCAAGUUACACCAUCUGGACACAUGAGUUACGACCUGGACUCUGAUCCCUUCGUGAGACUUUCUCUGGAGUUGUUCGUGACCAGGCUUGGAAAGUAGAUGGCUCUAUUUGCCUUCUCUUUACACCAACCUUCAUUUAUGAUCAGGAUAUUGUCAAGUGGCCCCUGCCGUAUGCCACAACUGUAACUCAAUACAGUGAGGUCCUCCGCACAGCUGAGCCUCCAGAGAGGGGCCACAUCACUGCAAGAAGACACCGAAGGUGACGUCUCAUCCUCAGGAUUCUCCACCUCUGCUGCCAUCACAGCUGCAUCCUGUGAAACAAUCUAGCGAAGUACCCACUGGAAGUUUCAUUCUGUCAACCCUGGUAGCCUGUACACUCUGGCCAGGGCAGUCUGUCAAUCACUGGCCAAAAGGAGGCUCCAUUUAGAAUCAAAGCACUUGGCACAGCUGGGCUUUGCGGGGUUGGGGGUGGGCAGAGGGCAACUGGCAUGCAUAGAGAGUACUUUGAGGGUGCUAUACAACCCUCAGCCUGAAUGUCACCAGUGGGAUGGUGGGUUCCCCCAGGUCACCUCCAAGUACUUUGGUGCAAGCCCUGUGUCUGUUUCCAGGGUCCACAUCCACUCUUCCCUCACCAUGGAUUCUAUUCCAUGUACAUAUUGACAGCUUUCUCCUUAUCAGAAGGGUAUAUAAUCCAUGUCUUGGCUAUUUGCUUUGUCUCCACAAGGGGACUGCUAGCUGCUUUGGCUGAAGCCCUGGGCUCAUGACCAGUUUCCUCGGAAGGCAUUCCUGACCCACAGGGCCUUCCCAGCCACACACUAUGUUUGGCCUGUGCUGUGUCUCCAGACUGAUGGCAUCUGAGAAGCAUGUAAAAGAGUUUUAUGUGAAAUUCAAGAACACAAAGCUUAAGUUUGGCUUGCAAAGGGGGAGGGGCACUGUUACAGGAGUAGGUUUUCGGUUCUGUAUUAGGGAAAGUGCAUCUCAUGCAGGUCCCAUUAGUCACUACAGAGUUCUGCAGGCUGCCCCUGUUUCUAAGGUGCUCUUGGGUUGGCUUCUAUUUUGAAGCAUACAUGAAAUUCUGUUUAGCAUUCAGUCCCAUCCAGAUAAAAGGGCAGCUGUAAAGGCUGCUGUGUUUAGGGACCAUGUUAAAGAUAAUUGUGUAGUGGUGCUACUUAAUGAUUGAUGGUUGAGUGAAAAGCUGGAUAGAGUAAACACACCUAGCAAUUCCUAUCCAGGUCUGUUCCUGGAUGGGCAGAACCUAAAAGGUGUCAAGAAUGACUAGCAGCUCUUUGAAGUAGGUAGGCAGCCCUAGAGCAGUGUUGGAUGCUUGGGUGGCCUCCUCACUACCCAUUCACCCUGGCAGCAGUGUCAGGGAAGACGCUUGGGUGGCCACCUCACUGCCCAUUCACCCCUGGCAUUCCAGAGGGGCUCAGGACCUGAGGCAGCUGUGGGUGCUCCUGACUCUCAGGAAUGGCACUCUCCCACAAGGAUUCAGGUCUUCAUUGGCCUUGCUACACGCUGCCCAUGCCCUAGUUCACCCCUGCCACUGCCAGUUCUACAGGAGGGGAUCCAGACAGAGGAUACUUUGAUAGGGUUUAGCAGUACAAGCCACGUUCAGAAUCUCAAGCCUUGGCACUAUCAUGGAGCAUCAUCAUGAGUGUCAAGAUACUUAUGACCUUUGACACUUGUGCACAGGAUAGGAGGGAGCCCCCUGACAUUCCCAAGCAGCAGACUAUGGUCUCCAUGAUGCUUUUUAGAUGUGAUAUCCCAACCCCAGGCCUUAGGUAUUUUAGGAGAAAAAAGACUAGGAGUAAAGAUUAGACAGUGGCAACUUAGGAUCCUGCAGGGGGUCUGGUCCAUGUUUUAACUCUCUCUGUGGACCACUGGUGCACAGCAGUUAGGCAGCAGUCAUAGGUGGUAACUUAUUCUUGUUUAUCAAAACAAAGCAGUGGGAAUGGGGAGUGGCUGGUUUCUCCGAAGCUGCUUCAGUCCUCAAUACUUUCUCCUAGAACCAGGAGCACUGACAUGAGGAUGGCCGAAUAUGCCUCCUGAUCUUGCUGGCUUCAAGAUUAGCAAGUGGCGUAUUUGAUCUGAUAUGUUUGAGAAGACAAAAAAAUAAUAAAGUUAACUUUGGGCAGAA